AAUAGCGUUUUUUAUUUGCUUCUCAUUAGUUACUCGGCUCAUACUUAAUUAGCGCUUAAUGGAAUAAAUGAAAGUGGUACGUCUUGUAAGUUUUACUUUACUAUUUAUUGGUUUUAUUUUAGUUCAGGUAAGUUAUCAGUAAUUUAAGUUAUAUAAAGUUUAAUCGUUUUAACUUUUUUCUAGACAAGAGAAGAAUCUUAUAAUGAUGACCUAGUCGUAUAUAAUUACGAGACGGAAACUUUUGAUUAUAUAAAGACAGACAUGUCUCAAAAAGUUAUUCGACUUUCUAAAAACUUUGCGGCAUUUUUAAAUAGUUUGGCAUCGUUUGUAGGAUCUGCUUUUGAACUUUUUAAAAGAGUUAUCGUUGAUCAAACGAUGAUUAAUUUAAAUAACUUGUCUACUAUUCGAGACUUGAUUAGCAUAAGAUAUGAGAUGCGGAGAAACUUUUUGAAGAUAUUUUAUGCUUUUGUAGAUGGGCAAGACAGUUUAAGUAUUGAGUGAAAGGACAUCCUGUUCACUUAAAAAUCUCCGUUUCUUUAUAAACAAUUGUAAAAUAUAAAUAAAUUUUGAAUGGGCAAGAUUGCUUUUUUCCUAACCUCACAUUUAUGUGCAUAAAUAAAAAACAAACCAUUGUUUUGCAGUUGCUCUUUCUUGUCUGUAUGUUUCCAAAAUUAACCCCAUUAUUAUCGACAUUAAUAACACUGUUCUCCCUGCUCCCUGGUUAUCUUUGUAAAUGAGCUAAGAUUUUAAGAAUUUUAUCAACAGGAGGUUGUAACCAGUUGUGAUGGUUAAGUAUUACUGCCACUUACUUUAAAUAUGCUUUUUCUUAAUUCCUCUAUUCGGCAAAACAAUUUCAGGCAGGUUUUAUUGACAACACUUUCGAGUUAUACAUUUAAACGAAGAAAUACUAUUUUUGCACUCUCUUCUGGUCAAGGGAAAUGUGGUGUGGCAGUUAUUAGGGUGUCCGGUCCUGAAGCAGGCACCGCUUUGAAAAAACUAACAGCUGCACAAUGUUUACCCAGACCAAGAACUGCUGUACUACGAGAAAUUGUUAAUCCCAUUGAUAAGGAGAUAUUAGAUAAAGCACUAGUCUUAUGGUUCCCUGGUCCAAAAAGCUUUACUGGAGAAAAUUCGUGUGAAUUUCAAGUACAUGGGGGUCAUGCAGUUGUAAAUUCGGUCUUGAGUGCUCUCCAAUGUACCGGAUUAAGACCUGCAGAAGCAGGUGAAUUUACAAAAAGAGCUUUUCUAAAUGGAAAACUUGAUUUAACAGAAGUAGAAGGAUUGGCCGAUUUAAUAGCUGCAGAAACAGAAUUCCAGAGAAAACAAGCAUACUUACAAAGUGAAGGCAUUUUAAGUAAUAUGUACAACAGUUGGAGAGAUAUAUUAAUUAAAAGCCUAGCUCAUGUGGAAGCCCAUAUAGAUUUUGAGGAAACAGAGGAAUUUGAUGAACAAAUUCUCCAGAACAUUUUUGCUGAUAUAAGAAAAUUGAAGGCAGAAAUUAGCAGACAUUUGGAAGAUGGGUGUAAAGGAGAACGUUUACGAAAUGGAGUGAAAGCAGUAAUCAUUGGAGAGACAAAUGCUGGAAAAAGUAGCUUUUUUAAUAUCCUUUGUAAAAAACCAGCAUCCAUAGUAACUCCUAUUGAAGGAACAACUAGGGAUGUAAUUGAAAUUAAUGUUGACAUAAAUGGCUAUCCAGUAAUCUUAACAGACACAGCAGGUCUUCGUUCUGAAACUAAAGACAUUGUGGAACAAGAAGGAAUACAGAGAGCAAUUUUUCAAAUUAACCAAGCAGACCUAUUGAUUUACAUGGUAGACAUUGAAAAACUUUUAAACAGUGGCUGUAAAACAGUUAAAGAGUACAUUGAUAGAAUUAAUGAGUUUAAGAUAAAGCACAGUCAUAGUAAAGAAACUAUAAUCAUCCUUAAUAAAAUCGACUUGAUUCAUAAAAGAAAAGACAGAAUGAGUGAUCUGCUUGACAAAGAAAACUGCUUACUAGUAUCAUGUAAAGAUAAAGACGGAUUUUCCGCGGUGACAAAUAAACUAACAGAGAAGCUACGUUCUUUAUGUUUAAAUCCAAAUAAAGAACAUCCCAGCAUGACACAUAUCCGACAUAGGAAACACUUAACUGACUGUUUAACAUUUCUCGAAAAUUUCGAAGAAGAAAUUAAUACUGCACACGUAGUACUUUUCGCAGAAAACUUAAGGCAAGCAGUUUAUCAUCUCGGUCAAUUAACUGGACGUGUGACAAAUGAGCAAAUAUUAGACAUAAUAUUUAAAGAUUUUUGUAUAGGGAAAUAAUUAUAAUUAUGUGUAAAUAAAUAUAAUAAUAAUUAAUCUACAAUUUUAUAAUGGUA